GUCUCGCGGACAGGACGCUUUCAGAGCCGCCGCUGUGGAGGAAUCCGAGAGGGAGGAAAAAAAGGACUGACGGACAGAAAGACGGAGGACGCGAAGGUGAAGACGAUGUGAGGAGGGCUUCUGGGGUGCGCGAGAGCAGCGGUCCUAAUGGAUAUUGCCUCCAAGGACAAGAUUGCAAGGACAAGAGCACGAAACACAAUGGAUAUCCUUAAUUCUCUAUACUUCACCUUCACCUAGCAUAGCCAGUGGACUGUUUGAAUCUCAUCAGGAAUCCGUUCAUCAUUCCAUCACCUUCAAACCUCUCAUUCUAGUGGGAUCACCACUAAGCUCAUUAUUUUCCCACUACUGGCCUGGAGGUGCAACUGCAGCUUUUGUUUUCUAAUGAUGGGGGCUCCUGGAGGGCCAGUUCUGGGUGGCUUCGGGUCCACCACUGCCCCUUUGGACAUCGGUGGAUGGAUGAUCUGGCCUGGGAACACCACCAUAAGCCUGAACCAGAGCCUGUUCUGGACCGACCUAGGCACCAACCUCUCUUCCUUCUCACCCUCCACUCAGGCUGUAGCCAAAGAGGUGAUCAAAGAGAAGAACUGGCCAGCGCUGCUUAUACUAGUAAUUAUCCUGCUGACAAUAGGUGGGAACAUUCUGGUCAUUCUGGCUGUGUCGCUGGAGAAGAAGCUGCAGAAUGCUACAAACUUCUUCCUGCGCUCUCUGGCUGUGGCAGACAUGUUGGUGGGCAUCCUGGUCAUGCCCAUCUCACUAAUUAAUAUCCUGUAUGACUAUGCCUGGCCGCUGCCUAAUGCCCUGUGUCCAAUCUGGAUCUACCUGGACGUGCUUUUCUCCACGGCCUCCAUCAUGCACCUGUGUGCUAUCUCUUUGGACCGCUAUGUGGCCAUCUGCAACCCCAUACAGCACAGCCGCUUUAACUCACGCACCAAAGCCAUGCUGAAAAUAGCCGCCGUCUGGACCAUCUCUAUAGGUGUCUCCAUGCCCAUCCCGGUCAUUGGUCUUAGCAAUAAGGACAAAGUCUUUGUGAACGGCAGCUGCGUCCUGAAUGAGGAGCGUUUCAUGCUGGUCGGCUCCUUUGUGGCCUUCUUCAUCCCUUUGGUCAUCAUGGUCGUCACCUACUGCCUCACGGUGCAGGCCCUCCAACGCCAGGCAUCUGUCUUCCUCUAUGAGUCUAAGGCCUCUUCCCAGCAGCCCUUGCAGCCCCCAGCUCCGUCUGCUUCCCAUCUGGCUCCUCCCCCUGCCCCUUCUCGCCGCAGCAGCCUGAACUGCCUUAGGUUAGGGGGAGGCGAUGGGAACUCUCUGAGCCCUGCCACACUUUCGGACAGCAUUUCCAUCGUAGGCAGUUCAGAGGCCCCGUCCCAGCUCAACUCACCCGUAGGACGGGACCCGGGCGGGGCCCAUGGCCGCCGCGGCAUGAUGCAGGCCAUCAAGAACGAGCGGCGGGCCUCUAAAGUUCUUGGUGUGGUCUUCUUCCUCUUCCUGCUCAUGUGGUGCCCGUUCUUCAUCACCAAUGUGCUGUUCGUUUUGUGCCGUGGGGCAUGCAAUGAGCCCUUGCUCUCUGAACUGCUCAACGUCUUUGUUUGGGUGGGUUACAUAUCCUCGGGGGUCAACCCUCUGGUCUACACGCUCUUUAAUAAGACCUACAGACGGGCUUUCUCCAGUUACAUGCGCUGCCGCUACAGCGGAGUGCGGCUCAAGCCCAUUCCCAUCUAUGCCCAGCCCUGCCCGUCUCACGCUGCAGUCACACCCCUCCUGAUCUGUGGCAAGGUGGGAGUGGACCGGAACAGUAACUGCCGGAAUGGAGAUGGGAACGGGCUUGGAAACCUGGAGCCCCCAGACACGGACACAGAAGCAGGACUGGAGCUACGACCCGGGAUGUCAGCGCUGUCCGUCAACAGCUGCCAAACACUCCCAGAACACACCAGCAGUGUCUGAUUGGCUCCAGCUUCUGAAAAAAAACCUACGAAAUGGUGCAACGUCAACCCAAAGGGACUAACUUGUGUUUUAUGUAUUCCCUUGGGGUGUGUCUGCAUCCUUCUCAAGGAAGGAACUGCCCACACACCAAUGGAACUCAUGCCAGCACUGUGAUUGGCUAUCGUCACUGCCUCUGGCUGUGACUCGGCCAUUCUAGAAUGUAUGCUGGGUGAGGAAUGACUCAAAGCACCAUAGACUGACCCUGGGUCGGGCGCGUCGGGGCACUUCCAGGACACUCAGCACUGUGCAGGAAUGAAAUACGAGUAAAUAAUCUAUAAACCAACUUCCUGGGCAUGGAUUGAGCCUAGUCUUGGACUUAAUUGUAUCAUCAAUGGUGAAUCAAAGUCAUUUUAGUCUAGGAUCAAGCUUAAUCUGGGUCUGAGAAAUUGGCGCUAUUAGUAAGAACAUAGUUCCUUGAUGGAACUGUGUUUGAACAAGUUCAGAUGUCUGAAUGCCAAAUAAUAACUAUGUUGCAUGGCUUAUUCCAGUUUCUUAGCAAAACAGAAUCAAACAGUGCGACUUGCUGAAUAUGCAGCGAGGCUUCCAAUCAGAGAGUUUACAGCACCCUCAUGUGGUUCAUUGCAGGAGUUGCAGGUGGCUUGUGAGAUAAAAGAGCAAAAAGAGGCUGAACUACAUUUGAAGACAAAAAUGUCAGGUAUUAAAAGAACCACACCAGAUACAUUGAAGCUUUGAUGAAAUU